AUGGCACCUGCAGCACUCCUCGCCCCAGAGCCCCCCGUCGUUAUCGGGCCGGCCACCAGGAAGGCCACACGGCCUUCCAGCACGCUCCCGCAGUCCCUCAUUGACGGGGCUCGGAUCCCUCAGAAGGAUACCUUCGAUCCAAGCAAGCACCUCAACUUCCAACCCCCGAAGCGCAUCUACACUAUGGAGGAGAUCGGCCUGGAAGGGCAGGGCAUUUCUCCUCACGCCGGGUCGGAGCCUUUCUCUCUCUUCAACGAGGAGGCCAUUAGACAGAUGAGGGCAGAGAUCUUCAGCGACGAGGUCUUGGCGGACUGCCAGUACUCUUCGACCUUUAACAAGCACAUGGUCCGCGGCAUGGGCCCAGCCCGCGCCCCUUUCACCUACGACGCAUGGAACAACCCCGAAGUUCUCCGCCGCAUCUCCGAGGUGGCCGGCAUCGACCUCAUCCCUUCUGUUGACUUUGAGAUCGCCAACAUUAACAUCUCCGUCAACAGCAACCCCACCCAGGUUGUGCCGGAACAACAGGUCUCAUCCACCGAUGAGCUGCCCGCAGUUGCCUGGCAUUAUGACAGCUUCCCCUUUGUGUGUGUGACCAUGCUCUCCGACUGCACUGGCAUGGUUGGUGGUGAAACGGCCUUGCGCACACCUUCGGGCGACAUUAUGAAAGUCCGGGGCCCCGCAACGGGCACCGCGGUCGUUCUGCAGGGCCGGUAUAUCGAGCAUCAGGCGUUGAAGGCAUUGGGCGGCCGUGAGCGGAUUAGCAUGGUCACUUGCUUCCGCCCCAAGAAUCCCCUGGUCCGCGAUGAGACUGUUUUGGUCGGUGUGCGUGGCAUCAGUAACCUCUCGGAGCUCUACACUCAAUACACAGAGUACCGUCUUGAGCUGUUGGAGGAGCGUCUCCGCCUCAAGCAGAAGGAGGAGCGCCGCCGUGUUACGGCCAAGCGGCCAUUCGAUAUUGCUGAUAUCCGGCAGUUCUUGAAGGAACAGAAGGCCUUCCUGGAGUCGAUGCUGGAGGAGAUCAUUGAAAUCGAGUAA